CGUUGAAAAGGUCAAAGGGUGAAGUUAGCCUACCAAAUAUGGCAAAGCCCAGUUGUGAUGAGUAGAGUCAAACUGGUUUCAAAUGGGUAUUAACGCAUACAAUAAUAUCAUUGCAUUUCCUUUGUUUCCCACGUUUUUAUGCUAAGAAAACGGGGAAUUUUUACCCAAUUUGAGCUUAGGGGUUGUAAUCUCACAGAGUAAGAAAAGAAAGAGAUAGAAAAAUCUAUCUACCUUUUCCUUUCUUAUCUUCUUUUUUUCAUUUUCCUGUAACAACAUCUGGCAUGAAGAUUCCAACAAAGACAGCAUUUUAUACAUGCCAGAGAUAUCCGUAAACAUUUGUGAUUAAGAAAAAAAAAUCGUUGAAAAAUCUUAAUUACCUCCUUCCGGUGCUCUCGAAGCAGGUUGGAUUCCAAAAGCAUCCUUACUUUUUGUCCUUACCAUCAUACAUAAAUCUUACAAUUUGAAAUAGAACGUUGAAAAAAAAUUUGCAGGGUGUGGUGAUUUUGAAGAUAUUUUAGCGUUAGGGUCGGAAAUUAGAAUAUCUAGGAGGUAAUAAAGCAAAGCAUGCCACAAAACUCAAAGCUGAGAAGAGCCCUAGGGGCAGUUAAGGAUCAAACAAGCAUAGGCCUAGCGAAGGUGGGAAGCAGCGCCUCGCUUGCAGACCUUGAUGUGGCCAUUGUGAAGGCAACGAGGCACGAUGAAUACCCUGCAGAAGAGAAGUACAUAAGGGAGAUUCUGAGCCUCACGUGUUACUCUCGAGCAUUCAUCACUGCAUGUGUUAACACCCUUGCAAGACGUCUCAACAAGACUAGGAGCUGGACUGUGGCUUUGAAAACGCUCAUUUUGAUUGAAAGGCUGCUAUUAGACGGUGAUCCUGCGUAUGAGCAGGAAAUUUUCUUCUCCACUCGACGCGGGACUCGCCUUCUCAACAUGUCUGAUUUUCGUGACAACUCCAAAUCUGGUUCGUGGGACUUCUCUGCGUUUGUGCGCACCUCUGCAUUGUUUCUAGAUGAAAGGCUUGAGUACAAGAUGCAAAGCCGGCGUGGGAAAAGCGGCAGGUAUAGUGUUGAUGAAGAUGAAGAGAGAGAAAGAGAAGCAGAAAUAGAAAAAGAACGAGAAAUGGGUGUAAGAUCCACACCAGUACGUGACAUGAAGUUAGAGCAAAUCUUUUCCAAAAUGCAGCAUUUGCAUUUGCUGCUUGAGCGCUUUUUAGCUUGCCGCCCUACAGGGGCGGCAAAGAACCAUCGUAUUGUGAUAGUGGCUCUCUACCCGCUAGUGAAGGAGAGUUUUCAGAUAUAUUAUGAUAUAUCAGAUAUACUGUCUAUCUUGAUUGAUCGGUUCCCUGACAUGGAGGUACAGGAGUGUGUGAAGGUGUAUGACAUUUUUUGCCGCGUUGGGAAGCAAUUUGAGGAGUUAGACCUCUUCUACGGAUGGUCUAGGAACAUUGGAAUCGCACGCUCUUCGGAGUACCCUGAGAUUGAAAGGAUCACGUUAAAGAAGUUAGAGGUCAUGGAAGAGUUUAUCAAGGACAAGUCCGCCUUAGCGCAAUGCAACAGACCUGAACUACUACAAAAUAUGAAUGAAAACGUAGAGGAGGAAGAAGAGAAGGAACCGGAACCGGAACCGGAACCAGAACCGGAAGAGGAUCCUAAUGCAACGAAGGCACUACCACCGCCUGAGGAAAUCAAGGAGGAAGCGGUUGAAGAAGUGAAGGAGGAGCCAAAGGAAGAAAAAAUAGUGCAGACAGAGGGUGAUUUAUUGAAUUUAGGAGAUGACGCGAUGACUAGUGAAUCACAAGGGGAUAAACUAACCUUGGCCUUGUUUGAUGGAGAAGCAGCAGCAGGAGGAGCAGGUUCCACACAAGCGCUUCCAUGGCAUGCAUUUGAUGAAGAGGCAGAUUGGGAAACAGCACUUGUGCAAUCAACAUCCAACUUGUCCAACCAAAAGCCUACAUAUAGUGGUGGCUUUGAUACAUUGUUGUUGGAUGGCAUGUAUAAACACGCAGAGGUGAAUAGAGUCAUGCAAGGACCAGGGUAUGGGAUGAAUGGAAGUUCUAGUAGUGUGGCACUUGGUUCGGCUGGAAGGCCUUCAAUGCUAGCAUUGCCAGCACCCCCAACAUCAGGACCUGGAGAUUCCAAUUCAGAUCCAUUUGCAGCUUCAUUGGCUGUGGCUCCUCCCUCUUACGUUCAAAUGUCAGAUAUGGAGAAGAAGCAGAGGUUUUUGGUUGAAGAACAGAUGAUGUGGCAGCAAUAUGCAAAGGAUGGCGUGCAAGGACCAGCAGCAGUCGCAAAACUGCACUCUAACAAUACUAAUAAAUCUUACAAUGGAGGCUAUCCGCAAAAUCACCGCAACUUUUAA